GCACCCUUACCCUGAAGCUCCCGGACAUACCCACCAGCGAUCUCGAAGCACCUAGUAUCAAGUGGCUGCUCGAAACAUCCACAGAUCCUGAAGUAUUUCUCGCGGCUGCCAGCCUUGUUCCGCAGGUCGAAUGGCCCCUGGAUCUUGACAUCUCGGACAUACUGCCUCAGUUGUAUGACAUUUUCACAAGUUGCGUCGACAUUCAGAGCCAAAUCGUACCGUCGUUGGAGGAGAAAGCCUCUGCAUGUAUGAUAGCUCUAAGUCAUCUUUACUAUGGACGUGUUCUUCAGGCACAUCCUGGCCAUGGCGAUUUAUUUGCAGCGAGAGCACAGACUACAUGGUGUUUCUUAGGAUGGGGCCCAUGACUAGAGCCAACGACGCGAUACUUUACUCGACUAUCAAUCUCUGUCUUCCAGAAGAUGACAAUCAUGGAUGGUUUCCUUUUGUGUCGUUGGCUUGUCUGGACUCCGUCGUCGAGUGGCUGUCACAUGUUCUUCCUUAUCACUUUAUUACUGGGCGAGUGGAUGAAGACGGAGAAAGACUCGCCACAACAGUGAUAUCAAAACUGCUAUCCUCUCCAUGCUCUCCGUCGACUCAAAUCGUAGCCAAUUGCACUCUUCUCGCUUGCGUCAUGGUCGGGGCUCAGGUUGACAAGAAAGACAUAGUUCGGAUCGAUAAAAGUUCUGCGCUGCCCUCGACUCAGUGAGUCUCUUUUGGGGCAGUUCCAAAAGGCUCUCUGGGCAUGCGAUGGAGGCGAGCUCGACAAAGACAGCACAGGAGUCGCAC